CACAUUCCUGUCACAGUUUGUUUUCACUGCAGUCUUUUUUAUAAAUAUACUGAGAGAACACUUUUUUCCAUCUCACAGCCUCCAUGACAGGGCUCCUGCACCUCCGAGAGCUGGAUCUGUCCGCCAACAGUCUGCAUUUUAUCCAGUAUGGGGUUCUUGAGGACCUGUACUUCCUGUCACAGCUAAAACUAGGAGGUAACCCAUGGGUAUGCGACUAUAGGUGAGUGUCUCUGCUCAAAUGUUUACAAUUUGUUAAGACUGCAAAUGUGAGUGAUUGUUACAAACUGAGAACUUUGAACUUUUCUUAGCAUCCACUACAUGGUGUACUGGCUACGUCUGCACCCCGGGGUGAGGCACUCUGGCCUGCUGUGUCGCUCCCCUCCCGAGCACACCGGAUUGCCUGUGCAAGAGUAUGUGAACUCGUACAACAGAGAGUGUCCAAAGGACAGGCAGCAGAGCAGAGCAGAUCCAGACACUGACCCGGAGCUGUGGAACACACCGAUGGAGGUGCAGGGCGAGCUGGAGGAGGAGCUGGAGCCGAGCCACCUCAGGGCUCCACAGAAAUACCAGAUCUACAGGCUGUCAUGAGUCAAAUGGAUGUUUGACCCAAAGUUUGACUUUAAAAGUUCUCUUUGUCUCAUGGUUUUUUAAAUUUCUUUUAAGUCUCAUAAAACAGUCUGUAUCAGACGGGGAAACCACGUUUUGUCACAGUCGCCUUUUUCAAAUUCAGGAUCUAAUAUUUAAACAUUUUAACAGCUUUGACAAAGUCUGAGAAAACAAACAUCCAAGAAAAAGAAUCAACAAUAUGUGCAAUACUUACUGAUACUUUUAAAGCUGCUCCAGGUUAGAGCCGCGCAGCCACGCAGGUUGAGAUGUAUCACAAACAGGUGAUAUUUCUGCAGGAUCGGCUGCACUGUGUGGUCUGUUAUCCAGUGUCUCUCCACAGAGAAGUUGAUCUGAUACAGGCAGGCAUAAGGAAACAUUUAUAUCCUUGCAUUGAGUAUGGCUUUAACAUUUCACUAUAAAUUUUAUAACAGACACACAGACCUUACUCCACAAAAUGCCUGACUGGAUGAGAGAUUUCCAUGUGCAGCACACCUCAGCACAGGUGAGCUGGUCUCCAAACGGGAGAUGCUGAAAGAUCUGUGGAGGAAACAACCAUGUGACCAAUUCAGAAAAGUGGAAACAUCUACGUGAUAGAAAAACACAUGGAUAAUAUCCAUUAUAGAUUUAUUAAAGCUCAUGUGGGGAAACAAGACAGAUACAGUCUUGAGACUUAUUUUCAAAGCUUGAAAUCACUCCUGGAGGGAAGAAUUCAUUCAGACCAGGUUGCAGGAAGAGCAGCUAACAACACAGAAUUGAUGCGUUUAACUGUACAAAGAAGGCAGCAUGAGAUUAUUAGCUGAAAAACACCUCUUACUCAUGUUUAGGACAACAUUAGCAAAGAGUUUAGAUUUGCUGUGUUGUCCGCAGGGGGCGCCAAAGCAGACAAAUUAAAAGUUUCUCAUAGGAGCUUUAAAUCAGAAUCAUAAUUUUAUUUGUAAAAUAUUAUGCAAUGGUGUAAAAAGAAGCGUCUUUUUUCAAAUGUUACAUAAACUCAUCCACAGAUUUUAGUUAUUAAUCAUCUUCAGUACUGUUUACAAAAUCUGGCCUCCAGAGUUAUCUUCUCUCACAUAACAGGCCCCUGCAUUUGGAAAUGUCUGGAAGCAGACAGACCCCAUUAUCAGAACAGAUGGUUUUCAUUGGCAUCCCAGCUGCUGCCACUCGACAAGGCGGGACGAUGUUAGUGUCCAAGAAGUCCCUCUCUUUCACCAAACAUAGUCAUGUUGUAGCACUAUUUAUCUGGAGAGGUGUCAGACUGAAACACUUGACCAAACACAUCUAAAAAUGUGCCGCCUUGCCAACUAUUGUGAAUCCAAAACAAACAGAGGCCAAAAACGGCGUGUUCAAGUUCAAUCGAUUAUGUCUGCUGUCAUUUUAAGCAUCUUAAUAAACAACAGAAAGUUAAAUCAUCUGUUUGGAAAAUGAGAACACAUUAAUAUACCCUGAGAGACAUUUCUGCCCUCUCUUUGGUAAUGGGUAAGAGGUACAUUAGACCACAAUGAGCAGCCCCUGAUAUCCAUCAUCAGACCUCAAAGAGGCCGAAGGCCUGUUUAUACUUUAAGUUACGUAACUUGCAUGAUCUCAUCACCAAUUGCCCAAUAGAGAAAAAAAUCGGUCUGUGUCUGUGAACUAAUGAUGCUCAUAAAGUUCACGGGAAAUCAUUAAGAGAGAGACUGACUGAUAAAUGAGGGCUGGGGUUUCAGGAAGAUACCUUCAGUAAAAGGCUGCUGGGAAGCAUCAGCAGUCCGUCACAUCUUCUCUCGUUGUGCUGGAUUCUAUCAACAUUUUCAAUCCCCUUUUCCAUCCUCUGAAAGAUCCAUACAAACACAGCUGUGUAAAAGUGUAGAAAAUGUAUAUAAAUCUUAACUUGUUUUACUUUUCAAAAUAAAUAUAUACCCUAAGGAGCUCUUUUGUCCUCUUUCAGUUGCUCACUCUGUCAUGCCAUUUAAAAGAACUUAAAGGUUUGUUUUAAAGGUCCUACACUUUUAAACAGAGUAAGGUUUGACAUUUCUGUAUCUUUUAUAACAUGGGUAAAACUAAACCUUGAUAACAAUUAUUAAUUGUGCUGAGUUUGAACAGAAAUUCACCCUAUUAAAGUGGGAUUAGUCCUCAGUGUGAGUGGAAGAUGGAGGGGGCAGAGUGAGUCACAUGAGUGGGUGUAUACCGAGGGGAAAAACUGAAUUUCAGAGGAGGCUUUCUGUUUGGAUGCAUUUCAUAACCACACUGCAUGUUUGGUCUGGCUGCACAACAGAAACAGAGCUCACACUGACAUUAAAUUCCCAUGAGUCAAGCCCAAACUUCUCAUGAUUUAUGUUUCAUUCUAACCAACAUAAAUAAUCACCUACCAGCUUGUGUCCUCUGGUGUAAUCUUAACCGGUUUGACCAUCUAGUGAGCGCAGCCUGUUGACUUUUCCUCUCAUAAUGCUUCUUUGUAGAGAUCCUUUUGAUCCAGCUCUAUGGUGCCUCUCUUACUCCGCUGAUGAACCUCUUUCAGCUCAUCAUUAAUUCAGGGGAAGGGUUUGUUGGCAUGCUGUCAGAAACCUGCAUUAACUCAGCAGAACAGGAGUAAGCAGCAUUGAAAAGUUUUGUUUUUAUCUGACAGGUCUUCUUCUAGGGAUGUUAAAUAAAGCUGGUUUUAGACAGAAUAGAAGGGGAAAGCUGAUGAAGUCUGCAGUGAGAUAGUACAGGUGAAAAGUAAUCUGUGAAACAGGAUAUCCUGGUGAACCCAGCAGCAUGUCAACAUUUGGAGCUUACUGAUUUAAAUUUCUGCUCCAAGUUAAAUCUUGUCCUGGUAUCAUAAAUAUUUCAAUGUCCAUUUGUAAUGCUUUCAAAGUUAUGUUUAUGGGGGGACUUUGGUUAAUGCGCCAUAUUUUUAUCUUCCAAUCAGUUUAGAUCUGCAAGAAAAUUAUUAAGAAAAGACACCGCUGGGUGCUGUUUUGAAGCUUGUAUCCACAUAAACUUUGUUUCUGGAUACUUUUUAUUAAGGUUGAAGUCAUUUAAACUGAGGCCUGUCCUGUGUUUGUCUAAUCAGGUGAGUUUUCACACUGCACCACCUGUCCACAAUCACCUCAUUGUGAUCAGUGUCAGCAGGAGUGUCCCACUCUUCCUACACCCUCCCUCUCUUUCAAACUUUGUGGACUGUGCAUGACUGAUCGGUAUCUGGGAUAAAACUUUAGAUCUAAAGUCCAUUGUUGUCACCGCCAUGGCUCUUCUAUUUGGGUAAGUGAAAUACAAGUGUUUGACUUCAUUGGGGUGCUGUUUGUUUCUGACUUGAUCAUUUUUCAGGAUCAUGCUGAUACUCAGCUGCAUUUGUUUUCCUCCUCUAAAAGGUAAGAAUUGUUAUUUUACUUUAGAUACAGUUCAAACAAGUAAAAUAAAGAUAAAUGUCUUUCUUCUUUUAAAUAGGUGACAAUUUUGCACAUGGCUUCUCUCCCCAUAAUGAUGCAUUUGUGACCUCUGAUGGUCACAUUGACAUGCAGAAAAGUGUUGUCCCCCCUCAGACCAAUCCAGUCCACCAUGAAGACGGUGAGGAUGCUGGCUCUGUUACAAGUGAUGAGAGGGUGCAAAGUAAUCCAGACUCAGACCAAGACACAGAGCAGCUGAAAGCCAGCCCCUCUACUCCUUCUUUGCAAAGUUAUAAUCAUGAAGCUUCUGGUUCUCAACACCCUUUUGGCCUUUUACUGAAGGAGCACAGUCAACAGAAAACUGCAGAGGGUGUCAGUUUCCCAACAAUGAUGGAUUUUAAACACUUCAUAGACAGGAUGAAAAGCUCUUUCUUAAGACCAGGGAGUGACUUGAAUAGACACUUUCAAACAGCUCGAGAUGUUAUCAAAAGUAAGAUAGCUUCUGAUGCUCAUAAUACUGAUGGGGAGUCUCACACUGGGGUUACACCUGACCCUGAAAAAGAAGACAAAGAGCAGGAUGAGGCUGGUGAGAAUGAAGUCUGGAGUGAAUCUGUUAACACAGAGUUUGAAGAAGGUGAUCCAAACUAUCAAACGCCAAGUGAUCCUGUUGACCAAGCUGCAAAUUUGAUCACUGAUGGUGUUCAUCAUAACCAAGGACUAGACAUGGACUCUGCUGUCCAACAUCACCAUCUGUUGGCAGAUCAUGCUGCAAAUAAUAAUGAAUGGUCUGAUAGCGAUAGGGAUACUUCUAUAAAUGCCCCUCAGUCCCCAAAUUAUGAUGCUUGGUCCAUAAACUCUGAGUUCUCUGUAAAAAGCCCCUCUCACUCAUUCUAUGGAGAAGAUUUGUCUUUCAACCACCCUCCAGAUUUUAGCUCUCAUUCAAGCAAGAUAAUAAAUAUCCAAUCUCCUACAGCUGAGGAAAAUAUCCAACCACACGAAGACAAUGAAGUGUGGCAUCAUAAAGCAUCAGCUGGUGGAGGGUUUAGAGAAGAUCUCCAAAAGGAUGAAGCAGGUAGAAGGACUCAUUCCAAUGAUCUGUCUGCGCCUGAGCCCACACCUUUAAACUCCUAUGGCAAUAGUAUGUAUGUUAAUGCACCAAGAGGUCUGAUGCCAUUCCCAGAGCAUCUCCCAAAACAAGGUCUGAGCUCUAGUUCUGAAAACCCCUCACCAAAGAGUAUAAAUGGUCAAAUGGGUGCUCAAGCGAGCAGCCCACAGCGUAUUACCGUGGAAUCUUCCAGCCUUAAUCUUGAAGGCUAUCCCAGAGAGCAGAGAGUCCAUAUAUCCAUCAAUCCUGCACCUGAGCAGACUUCACUCCCUACUACCCAGGAACCAAAACAAGUCACAGACAGUUUCCUGUUUCCUCGUUCUGAUGGCUCAGGCUCCAGCCAGACUGACAUCUCAUCUCAGGUCGGACUUAGUGAUGCAAGUUUCAACUCAAUCAUAAACUUGGCUCCUGAAUCAGAGACAGCCUUCUCCAGUCCGGCCAGCAAUGAAAUCAUGUCCAGAAACACGGGUAUCAAAAAUGUUGUGUCUGAUAGGAAGUUUAGGCUCCUGAAUGGGGAUACAUUUAGUGCUAAACGACACCCGGGUCCAUUUCCAAUCCCACAAAAACAAAGCUCUCCUCUCAAUGGUGGCUUAAGGAGUGCAGCCAGAGCUGGACACCGGCAGACCUUCACUCAACCUAACAAAGUUUGGAAGCAUCCAUCUUUUACAAAUAAAGCACACGUGGCCUUCCAGCAUCUGGAACCUCUGUCUGCAUCCAGAGUUGACACCAAGGGGCAUCCUCCUCAGACAGGCCUUAUGAUACCACCACCUUUACAUUCGUACACUGUGAAAACUGAAAAUGGCUUUCUCAGGGGUGAAGUAUUUCAAUCAAAGAGUCACUAUGACCCACAUCAGCAAAGUGAGGGUCGAUACUCACACAGAGGGAAUCCAUGGAGAUUUAAUUACAAGAAAACCGCAGGCAUCCAUGGAUAA